AUGGUUUUGAAAGUUGCUUCUCAAAUGUCUGGGGAUCUUUCACCUUCUGAUUAUGCAAGUGAUCCUGAAGACAAGGAAUUUAGUGAUGAUGAUGAUGAUGAUCGCAACCAUAAGCAUCGACGACGGGAAACACGUUCUCAGUCUUCUGACAAAGAUGCUCUGGAGCACAAUAUAGCAAGGUCGUACAGAAAGCACAACAAACCUUUUGAUAAUGGACACAUGUUUAGAGAAAACGAAACACAAGAUAGUCAGUCCUGGAAAAACUAUAAUGCAGUUUCUUCAGAGAGAGAUUUUUCUACUAAGUUUGAAAAACGUCACCCCGGUUCUGUUUCACUACCCCGAGGUCCUUUGGACUUGAAUCCGAGAGUUAGGGCAAACCAAACCUUCUCUGGUAAUUCUGGUCCUGGUAGAGGAAGAGGAAGGGACUCUGGUGCAUGGAACCAUCGGGAUGCUAGGUUUAACUCCGUUGAUAUUGCUAGUCAGGUAAUGCAGAGGGGGUCCAUUCGACCGAGCCUAUUUCCUGGAAGGGGUUUGCCAGGUGCUUCAAAUGCACAAAAUGCAUCCUGGGGUGCGUAUGGAUUGAUCCCUGGUGUACCGAGUGGUGGUCUAGAUGCACUCAAUUCUGUUGGCCUGCAAGGUGCGUUUAGGCCCCCUAUAAGUACUUCAUUGGGUAUAGCUAUUCCUCGGCAGAGAUGUAGAGACUUUGAGGAACGUGGAUUUUGUCUGAGAGGAGACAUGUGCCCUAUGGAGCAUGGUGUCAACCGUAUUGUUGUGGAAGAUGUACAGAGUCUCUCCCAGUUUAACCUCCCUGUUUCACUGCCAAGUGCGCACUUGCUUGGACCGUCUGCUUUACCUGGACCCAUACCUUCUGGCAGUGCUUCUUCAACCUCGUUGAUGAAUAACAAAGGACCACAAGGCAAAAGUGGUAAACAUGGAAUGUCUGAUGAUAGUUUGGUAUUAAAUUCUGCAUACUCUGCUGCUGCUAAUGUUGUUGGAGCCGAUCUAUACGAUCCUGAUCAGCCACUUUGGAGUAAUAAUGGUCCCGAAGGAUCUUCGCCGUUAGCUCUACAUUCAUCCCAGGCUGAUGAAACUGAAUCCUCGUUUAAUCAUGAUUUCUCUUAUCGUCGUGUCAAGAAAGCUGCUGAUAUUGACCACCAAAAUAGGGGUGCUGGGCUUUCUGUUGCUUCACAGAAUCCAACUUCAUCUGUUUGGGGUAGAAUUAGAAACUCAAAAGUUAAAAUGAAUUCGAAAGGUGAAACUGAUGCUAAAUCUAGUACUUCUGAUUUGGUGGGAGAUGAAAUGAAGGAAAAGCAGGAAGCAUCAGCCAGUCUUAUAGCUAGCUCCCAUCAUGGAAAGCAGAUCGCUGGGGAGGAUAAGAGCUCUAAAGCUAUAGAUUCAUCUCAAAAAACACAAUCUGACGCAAUGCGUUUUGUGCGGAAACCAACUCAGAAGGCAACGCGUACUCUAUUUGUUAAUGGCAUUCCUCAGAGAAGCAACAAAAGGGAGGCUCUUCUUUCUCAUUUCCAAAAGUUUGGGGAGAUCAUUGAUAUCUACAUACCGAUAAAUAGUGAGAGGGCUUUUGUUCAAUUUUCGAAAAGGGAAGAGGCAGAGGCUGCUCUAAAGGCACCUGAUGCUGUAAUGGGCAAUCGCUUCAUUAAGCUGUGGUGGGCUAAUCGCGAUAGCAUUCCUGAUGAUGGCAUAAGUAGUGCGAGUAGUGCAUCUUUGACUCCCCAUGGUGGGACAGCCGGUUCAGUUCCCGCCGGUCUGUCCAUUACCAAUAGAACAAAAGAUAACAUACAAUCAGCUCCCUUGAAAGCUAUUGAUAUUCCUGUAGCAGAAUCCGCCCUUCCAUCCUCUGAUCAAUCUAAGCCUCUUACUCCAAAUGGCUCCAAGGGUACACCUCCUUUGCAAAAGAAAUUGGAGAGUUUAGAACAGUUGAAGGAAGAGCUUCGCAAGAAGCAAGAAAUGCUGGACCGGAAGCGCAACGACUUCAAACGUCAGUUGGACAAACUUCAGAAACAAACUUCCGGAGUCAAGGGUGAGGUAAUUGCUGAGCAAGCUGCUAAGCGACAGAAGUUGGGAUUGGGGGCUGAUGCUGCAGGGGCUGUGACCCCCAGAUCUUCUGAUGUUGCUGCUGUGACUGAGAGGUCCUCCGCUACAGCUGAUGCAAUGGCAUCAUCAAAUGAUGAAGUCAUGGACAAUGAGAACAAGUUAGUGGAGGGUGCUACACAGGAUAGUCGUGAUAUAACCUCAUUAACAUCAACAGAAGGUUCUAGUAGCAUGAAACAGCAGAAUUUGUCAGUGACCCCUGCUGGCUUUUCUUUUAUACAUAGAUACAAACUUGACAACCGUCCGACAACAUUUAAAGUUCUACCACCAUUUCCGACUGGUUUUGCAAGUGUCUCUGCUUUGAAGGAACACUUUUCGUCUUUUGGUGAUCUUGCUAUUGUGGAGCUAGAACAUGUGGAAGGUCAGGAUGAUAUUAAUGGAUCGGAGACAUUGAAAACUGUCUCUGCUCAUAUUGGUUUCGUAACUCGCCAUUCAGCAGAGAAGGCAUUUGCAAAUGGAAAGUGCUGGCAAGGCCAUAAUUUGCAGUUUGCAUGGUCGUCAACAGUGUCCAGCAAUGAUAUGCGUGAUCAAAGAGCAUCUCUCAUACUGAGCCAUCAACCAUUCAUUCUGCAGGUAAAGAGUCGCACAUUUCGUUGCAGGAACCUGGAAAUGGGGAUGCUGAAUGUUCAGAAAGACAGGGAGAUGACGAAAAUAUUGACGCAGCUGAAGUUUCUCGGCCUAAUCCAUCAUUGGGAUCUGCCGAGGAAGGGUCACACGAAUCGCCCGAGAGGUGAUCAAAAGUGAGUUGGGUUCUCUUGUUUCCAUGUACAGUAAGGUAAAAUUUUAAGAUAUUGAGCGGUAUAUUGGAUAUGCUGCUUAGGCGAAUGGCUAAAAUGGGAUUUUCCAAUAGUUUCUCAUUUCAUCCAUUGGAUUGUAACAAGGGAAUUUUGGAUGCCUCGUUAGUUGUUUAACAAAUGUUGUUUUAUCUCUAAA